AUGGCGAACUUCGCCACUUACUUCCUACUUACUCUUACCGCCAUCCUCAUAUCGAAGACAUUCGCCGAAGAUAACGCGGAAUUCCUGUUCGCGAACGCUAAAAUAUGCGGCGAUCCGUUCGCUGAUCCUAUAUGGAUCCCCACGCUGGACUUAUGCACGAUCGAGUGCGAUCCAAACACCGAAUACUGUGUCGAGAACGAAGAACUCCAACAGCAAUGCAAAAAAUUACCCGAGGAAUGUCAAAAACUACUGCAAGAGGAAAAAAUGAAGCACAGCUGA